AUGGGUUAGGAGAAACUAGCUGCAUUGUUGCUGUAUAGACAAUUGUUCAAGUCCUUAGGAAAUCGGCUUUCAAGAGAUUAAUUGAGGAAAUAUUACUAAUUCACAGUGUAAGCACGAGUGCAUGGGGAAAAUCAACAAAUUUUGCAGAAUUUAGAAAUUUAUUUGAAAGCAAUCAAAACUCAAAAUUAAAUAAUGGAUGCUGAAAACAUAGGCAAACCUAAAGAUUAUAAAGCAGAUGUAUAGAAGGUGGCUAAUUAUGUGGGAUUGAGAAUGCCUGAAACCCAUUAAAAAUAAGAGUGA